AUGGCCGGCCAAACCAUUGCUCUUACAAAGUGGAUAGAUGAGAAUGAAUCCUCGUUUAAGCCUCCUGUCUGUAAUAAAUUGUUGUUCGGUGCCGGUCAACUCAAGAUUAUGUUUGUGGGUGGACCAAAUAACCGAAAAGAUUACCAUCUUGAAGAAGGCGAAGAGCUAUUCUACAUGAUUCGAGGAGACAUGUGUUUGAACAUUAUAGAGAAAGGUAAGUUCAAAUCUAUUCCCAUAAAGGAAGGUCAGAUAUUCUUACUACCUCGCAAGAUUCCUCAUUCACCACAACGACUUGAAAGUACUGUUGGCCUUGUUAUUGAACGCGAACGACGUAUGCAUGAAAUGGAUUGUUUACGAUAUUACUGUGAGGAUGGUAACUCGCAUAACAAUAUUCUAUACGAAAGAUGGUUUCAUUGUGAAGAUCUUGGCUGUCAGUUAGCUCCAAUAAUUAAGGAAUACUUUGCAUCAGAAGAAUACAAAACUGGAAAACCUGGAAAGAAUUCGAUAAUACAGGAUCCAGUUUUUCACCCAGAUGAAGAAACUACAGUGAAGGAACCUUUUUCACUUAAAGAAUGGAUUGAUAAUAACCGCAAUACUGUAAAUAAGCAGAAUGAGCUAAUGUUGUUCAGUGAAACAGAAUGCCAGUUGCGUAUAGCUACAAAUUGCACUGUCAAAUGUGGUAGUAGUAGCGAAGAAAUAUGGAUUUGGAUUUACGAAGGUAACUGA